AUGAAGGUAAAAUAUGUGCUGUGCGAUAAGCCGCCCGAGUGCGAGAAGGAUAUCGAAGUACCCACGUCGCAGAAUCAAAGAGGAAAUAUGGGUUUAGAGACACCCCUCCAUUGCGGGUCAUCAGCAUCACCACCUCAACCGAUUGGUCGAACGCUGCUCAUCCGAGCCGCAUUGCGGUUCUUCUCAAUUGCUGAGGUAGCUGCCCGUAGACCCACCGGUUUUCUCACAAGGCUGGGAGGCGGUCGGAUGGCCAGGCACGCGGCAGCACACUCCGCGGCCGGCGGUCGACGCGCGCGCACGUGUGCAUGUGUGUCCCGCAUGCGUACUUACUGCGUUCAACAAGUUCCUUUAUUACAAAUGAUGGAGUAUCAGAGGCACAUGGAGCCCAGCGCUCACCAGCAGCCCCAACCCCAAGGACCCCAGUGGGCCCCGCAGUACGGCUGGGGUCCCCCAGUACCCCCUACGACGGCGCCCGCGCAAAGAAACAAACGGACACACUCAGAAAGCGAAGACGACGCCUUCUCAGAGGAGAGCAGUAAGGAUGCGCAGUCCCCAGGCGGUGACUCCUGCCAGCUCAUGACGCGCAAGCGACGACGUGGCGUCAUCGAGAAGAAGCGGAGAGAUCGCAUCAACACCUCCCUCACUGAGCUCAAGAGGCUGGUACCCGCAGCCUGCGAAAAACAAGGCAGCGCGAAGCUGGAAAAGGCUGAGAUACUACAGCUCACGGUUGACCAUCUCAAGAUGCUGCACUCUAAAGGUCUCGACACGUACGCCUACGACCCUCAGCGCUACGCGAUGGACUACCACAGCAUCGGCUUCAGAGAAUGCGCCGCGGAAGUUGCUCGGUACCUCGUCAGCUGCGAGGGCUUGGACAUCCAAGACCCGCUGCGAUUGCGCCUGAUGAGCCACCUGCAAUGCUUCGCUGCGCAGAGGGAGCUCGCGUCCAAGUCCAACUGGGGGUACCCGCAGUACCCUGCAGUACCGCAGUCAAUACCCCAAACUCAGCACGGGUAUACAGAGUUAAGGGACCCCGCCGUAUCCACUGCUGUGUCUACGGUAGCGCCUUCGAUAGCCGCACCUUUGUCAGCACCUCCAGCCUACACCCAUUAUCCUCCCGCGCCCCCGGGGCCUCCCGGGCCAUCAGCACCACCCGGACACCCUGCCCCUCCUGCUCCUCACUACCCAGCUCCGUAUCCUCACCACCCACCUCACCAUCAGUACUCGCAAAAUAGCUCGAAGCCAUAUAGGCCUUGGGGUGCUGAGUUAGCAUAUUAA